AAAUGGCAUGCUUCCGGUCUCUACAGGGAACCUCUCCACAUCUCUUAUCAGGCUUCACAUCUUCAGAUGCAAAAUCAAAGGGCUAAUUCCAAAUGAAGUUGGGAACUUAAGCAACUUAUUAGUCCUGGAUCUUUCUGGAAACAACUUGGUUGGAUCGAUUCCCACAUCAAUUGGCAACUUGAGAAACCUUCAGCGUUUCAACUUGAAUAACAACAAACUUGCAGGAUUUAUUGGUGAUGAUCUUUGUAAGUUGCAGGGUUUGGGUGAUAUUUACUUGGGUCAAAAUCAACUUUCUGGAUCUCUUCCUUAUUGUUUAGGGAAUGUUACUUCCCUUAGGACAAUAUAUCUGGGUUCCAAUAAAUUGAGUUCCAAUAUACCAACAAGCUUAGGGAAUCUAAAAGAUCUCGUGGUUCUUGACUUAUCGUCAAACAACAUGGGUGGUUCUUUACCUCCAGAAAUUGGAAAUUUAAACGUUGCAACACUGAUAGAUCUGUCAAUGAAUCAAUUCUCAAAUGAAAUUCCAAAAGAAACGGGAGGAUUGCAAAAUCUGGUGCAACUUUCAUUGAGACACAACAAGUUGCAAGGAUCUAUACCUGACUCAAUGAGCAACAUGGUAGGUUUGGAAUUCCUAGACCUUUCUCAUAAUAAUAUAUCGGGAAUCAUUCCCAAAUCUUUGGAGAAACUUCAUUAUCUCAAGUAUUUCAACGUUUCUGUCAACAAAUUGUAUGGUGAAAUACCCUCAUGGGGUCCUUUCAAGAACCUCUCCAGUCAGUUUUUCAUCUUAAAUGAAGCAUUAUGUGGUUCUACAAGAUUUAAGGUCCCGCCAUGCCCCACUUCAUCAAAGCAUAAACCAAAUGGGAAAAAAAUGCUAGUUCUAUUUCUUAUACUAGGAAUUGCACUUGUCUUCAUUCCUAUUACCUUUGUGUUUGUAUGGAUAAGGUAUGUAAGAGGUAAAAGAGCUCCUCAACAAGCUGAUUCAUUGUCCAUCACAACAAUAGGAAGAAUUUCAUACUAUGAACUGCUCCAAGCAACUGAUGCGCUUAGUGAGACUAAUCUGAUUGGUUCUGGAAGUUUCGGAUCUGUCUACAAAGGAAUUAUUAGAAGUGGGGCUCAUAUUGCAGUUAAAGUGUUCAAUCUGCAAUUGGAAGCGGCAUUCAAGAGUUUUGAUACAGAAUGUGAAGUUUUGCGCAGCCUUCGCCAUAGGAAUCUCGUAAAAGUCAUCACUAGUUGUUCCAACCUUGAUUUUAAGGCUUUAGUGCUCGAGUAUAUGCCUAAUGGGAGUCUAGAGAAGUGUUUGUAUUCGCACAACUACUUCUUAGACAUCAUGCAGAGACUAAGCAUAAUGAUCGAUGUUGCAUGUGCAUUGGAAUAUCUCCACCAUGGGUGCUCGAUGCCUGUGAUUCACUGUGAUCUGAAGCCUAGUAAUGUCUUGCUGGAUGAGAAUAUGGUUGCCCACCUAAGCGACUUUGGUAUUUCAAAACUGCUUGGUGAAGCUGAAAGUGAUUUAUACACUAAAACUUUAGCAACAUUGGGUUAUAUUGCACCAGAGUAUGGAUUGGACGGAUUGGUUUCAAUAAAAUCUGAUGUAUAUAGUUACGGAAUCAUGUUGAUGGAAAUAUUUACAAGGAGAAAGCCUAAUGAUGAAAUUUUUGAGGGAGAUUUUAGUUUGAAGCAAUGGGUGAGUAAUUCACUCCCAGAGGCAGUAAUGGAUGUUGUAGAUGUCAACUUGUUAACAUCAAUGGAUAAUCGUUUAGAGAAGGAGCUAGAUGUUAUGGCAUCAAUCAUGAGAGUGGCACUGGAUUGCUGUGUUGAAUCUCCUGCAAGAAGGACAAAUGUGAAAGACGUUGUUGGGAUGCUACAUAAGAUCAAGAUUCAACUUCUUUCAUGUUAAGCAUACUCCUCGAAACUUUUGUUCCAAAUCCUUUGUUUGUCGCAAAUGUUUACUAAAUUUUUGGAUUUAUGUAAAGAUUGCCUUUUUUGUUUUUGCAUUUGGUUGGACAAGAUUUUGUUUUCACUUUAGAAAUCCUAAUUGUAAUGAAUAGUAAUAUUUCCUCUUUAAAUCAAUGUCACAAAUUGGUGGAUAUCACAAUUAA